AUGUUUCCUUUCGUUUUUCAGCUAAAUUCUGAACAACAUGGCGACAAGUCCAAAGCCCGUCAAGAAGGUGCCUAUACAUCUGCAGAGCUCUCAGAAUCGCGUCUAUAUCAAGAAUGGACACAUCGUAAAUCACGACAAGUCAUUCAAGGCUGAUAUUUACAUUGAAGAUGGCAUAAUCAAAUUUGUGGGCCCCGCCUCUGAGAUUGUUGUGCCCGGUGGCGUACGCAUAGUGGAUGCUGCUAAUAAGUUGGUGUUGCCUGGUGGCAUUGAUCCACACACCCAUAUGCAGUUGAAAUUUGGCGGUUGUGUGGCAGUAGAUGAUUUCUAUCAUGGCACCAAAGCGGCUGUAGCCGGUGGCACCACCACCAUUAUCGACUUCGUGCUACCCGACAAGGGCGAGUCUCUGGUUGAAGCCUACGACAAAUGGCGCGCUUGGGCUGACCCCAAAGUUUGCUGUGAUUAUGCGCUCCAUGUAGGUAUCACUUGGUGGUCCAAAUCUGUGGCCGAGGAAAUGAAAAUUAUGUGCGAAGAGUUGGGCGUGAAUUCUUUUAAAAUGUUCAUGGCCUACAAGGGUCUCUAUCAGUUGAAUGAUUCCGAAUUGUUGGAUGCUUUCGAGCGUAUACGUUCACUGAAUGGUGUGGCGCAGGUGCACGCUGAGAAUGGUGAUAUUAUUGCUAAGAAUGUGCAAAAAUUGUUGGCCGCCGGUAUAACUGGUCCAGAGGGUCAUGAACUCUCGCGGCAAGAGGAAGUGGAAGCUGAAGCAGUGAAUCGUGCCUGUAUUCUGGCACAUCAGUCCGAUUGUCCAUUGUAUGUAGUGCAUGUAAUGAGUAAAUCGGCGGGCAUUGAAGUGGCCCGUGCCCGCAACCGCUACAAGAAUCAGGGUAUUUACGGUGAAACUCUGGCUGCGGCGCUUGGCACCGAUGGCGCGCACUAUUGGCAUGAAUGCUUCCAACAUGCAGCGGCACAUGUGCUCAGUCCACCGCUGCGUCCCGAUCGAACGACACCCGAGUUUAUGAUGAAGCUUUUGGCGAACGAUGAUCUGCAGACAACCGGUAGCGACAAUUGCACCUUCAACAAGGAGCAUAAGGAACUGGGCAAGGGUAACUUCACUAAGAUUCCCAACGGUGUCAAUGGUGUUGAAGAUCGCAUGUCUGUCGUUUGGGAGAAGGGUGUACACGCAGGUCUAUUAGACCCUUGCCGAUUUGUCGCCGUCACCAGUACCAAUGCCGCCAAAAUAUUCAAUCUCUAUCCGCAAAAGGGCCGCAUUGCUGUGGGCUCUGAUGCAGACAUCGUCAUCUGGAAUCCAAACGCCACACGUACCAUCUCCAGGGAGACUCAUCAUCACGCAUGCGAUUACAACAUCUUCGAGGGCAUGGUAUGUCAUGGUGUGCCCGAGAUAGUUUUGGUACGUGGACGCAUUUGUGUAGAAGAUGGCGCUGUGCGCGUGGCUGAGGGCUAUGGUCGCUUUAUCAAUACACCAACACGUCCGCCAUAUCUCUACGAUGUGCUAGAAGGUAAGGCUGCACUAAACGAAGAGCGCAAUGGGGAGGAGGCUGCGCAUGAGGAACACUUGAAUGGUGGGCUGAAGAAGUUGGACUUGGGUGCAUUGGAAAUCGAAAUACCCUACCAGGAGCCAAUUUCGCGCACACUUCUGGCUUCCAGGCCGGGUGCUGGUGGUUCCGUGGCGAGCACACCGUCGGGUCGGGGACACGUCGAAGGUACGCGCAACAUGCAAGAAUCAACGUUUUCCGUUAGCGAGGAGCUGGACAAGUCGGUCACGCGUUCGUGCAUUCGCGUACGAAAUCCACCAGGUGGCAAAUCCACUGGUUUCUGGUAAAUCAGCAAAUCCACUCGCCCAGUCAUCAUCACACACCAAACAGCACCAAAUCGCACAAUUCGUUACAUACGGACGUAGUACAUGAGAUAUUUGCGUGGCGCACGCGUGCAUACAUGUCUUGUUGCGCUGUAUGCAUUUGCGCAUGCGCAUAAACAAUAUGUGGAUGGAUGCAUACCAACAGUUAACGAAUGAAAUAUCCACAACUAAAAUAACAUAAAAUCAAAUGUACGGAAUGAUGAUAAGCUACUGAACCAAAUCUUUUACUACAUUCAUACAUACAUACAUACAAACGAGUAAUGAGUUUAGCACUAACGAAUAGUAAAUGAGAAUUAUGAAUAUUUAAAUUUAAUUACAUAUACAAAAGUUAAAUUCAUAUACUCGUACAUGCAUACUAACUUGUGUAUGUACUAUGUGUACUCGUACUUGUGUGUAACCGCUAAGAA